AUGGCUUCCGUCGCUCGUCCACGUCUCAUGAACGAAUUCAAGUCGCUGGACAAGGAGAAAUGGGUCAACGUCGAGCUUCGAGAUGGAGGCCUCUUCAAAUGGGAUAUUGGCUUGAUCGUCAUCAAUCCGGAUAGUGUCUUCAAUGGUGCCUACUUUAAGGCAAGUCUCACGAGCCGCCCACAAUUAGCCUGUGAAAUGACCUUCACCGACAAGUAUCCCUUCUCUCCACCAACCUUCAAAUUUAUCCGACCGAUUUUCCACCCAAAUAUCUACACAGAUGGCAAGGUCUGCAUCUCCAUUUUGCACGCUCCUGGGGAGGAUGAGCAAUCCGGCGAGUUGGCUAGCGAGCGUUGGACCUCAGUACAAAGCGUUGAGACCGUCCUCCGAUCUAUCCUCCUCCUUCUAGACGAUCCCGAGAUCUCCUCUCCUGCCAACGUCGAUGCUGGUAUCACAUAUCGUGACGCUCGAGAAGUUUACGAUGCAAAGGCGAAGGAAUCAGUCAAGGAGUCGUUGCAGGACGUACCAAAGGAUUUUGCUAUGCCAACCACUCUCGAGGAGGCACCACCAGCCAAGAUCCAAGAGGACGAUGACUUCUGGAAUGAGAGUGGAGAUGAGGACGAUUUUGGAGCCAGUGAUAGCUCGGGAGAGGAUGCUAUGGAUGAAGACGAGGAGGAUGAAGAGGAGCCAGAAGAGGACGAAGAGAUGGAAGAGGAAGAAUGA